AUGAGCAGUGCUGGUCAAAGAUUGAAUCAGUUGGCAAACAUUUUAACACCAAGACCUUUAUCUGCUUUUCAUGAUGUAUGUGCAGACAAGCCAUUCAGAGUGGCAGUCAUUGGAUCAGGGAAUUGGGGAACCACUAUCGCUAAGGUAUUGGCAGAGAAUACUUCGGAAAAUCCCAAGGUCUUUGAAAAGGAUGUAAGGAUGUGGGUUUUUCAAGAGAAAAUCGACGGUACUAACCUUACCGACAUAAUAAACAACAAGCACGAGAAUGUCAAAUAUUUACCAGGCGUUACUUUACCAUCUAACUUAGUUGCUGAGCCUGAUAUUGUCAAGGCUGCAGAAGGUGCUGAUUUAUUGGUAUUUAAUUUGCCCCAUCAGUUUUUGCGUACAGUGUGCGUCAAAUUGAAAGGUCACUUGAAACCAACUACCAGAGCAAUCUCCUGUUUAAAGGGUUUAGAGGUUACUCCACAAGGCUGUAAGUUAUUAUCUACUUACAUAACUGAAAAUUUAGGUAUUCAGUGUGGUGCCUUGUCUGGUGCUAAUUUGGCUCCUGAAGUUGCAAGAGGAAAGUGGUCUGAGACCACUGUUGCCUAUCCUAUACCUGCUGACUUCAAGGGCCAUGGAAAAGAUAUCGACAAGUCAGUUUUGAAAACUGCUUUUCAUAGACCUUAUUUUCAUGUUAACGUUAUUGACGACGUUGCCGGUGUUUCAGUUGCGGGUGCUUUAAAGAAUAUCGUUGCCUUGACAGCAGGUUUCGUCGAAGGUUUAGGGUGGGGUGACAAUGCUAAGGCUGCAGUUAUGAGAAUUGGGUUACUGGAGACUAUUAGAUUCUCCACUAGGUUUUUCCCUCAAUCUGAAGCAUCUACGUUCACUACUGAGUCUGCUGGAGUGGCGGAUUUGAUAACAACUUGCUCUGGAGGUAGAAAUGUUAAGGUCGGAAGGCAUAUGGCAAAGACUGGUGACUCUGGUGAAGCCGCUGAAAAAGAAUUAUUGAAUGGACAAUCUUGUCAGGGUUUGAUUACUGCUAAAGAAGUUCACGAAUUAUUAGCUACAGUAAACGAAACCGAUCAAUACCCAUUGUUUGAAGCUACCUAUCAGAUCAUUUAUGGGUCAGAAAAGAUGGAAAAUUUACCUGCCUUAUUAGAGCUGGACUGUUGA